CUAUUUUUCUACUUUCCAUGGAUACCGCAGGAUUCAUUUUUUUACUACCCCAUCAAUAUAGUCAUUCAAAUAAUAUUCUACUUUACCGCCCUGGAAAUCAUUAUGUGGUCUGAUUCCGUCAUCAUGAUUACAAUAAUGUACUGCGAUGCUGAACUGAGUACCAUCAAUGAAUACAUUUCCCAGUUGGAUGAUGCAGAAGUUGUGCGAAAACAAGCUCCAAUAAUCCUAAAGAGCAUCCUUCAGUUGCAUUUAGCAAUUACUGAGAAAGCUCAGCUGCUAACAAGCUCCUUUUGGCACAUUUACUUCCACAAACUCUUCACAAUCACCCUGUACCUCUGUACAAUCCUUUUCAUCUUCCAAUCAGCAGAUACAUCGCUCAUUGUGCCCGUCAUUAUUUUUAUGCUCAUGAUAGCACAAACGUUCAUUCUUUGCUACUUUGGACAGAUUAUUCGAAAUAGUUCAGAAGCAAUUUCAGACACAAUCUACAUGACCAAGUGGUAUGAGAUGUCAGUGGGUGAUCAAAAGGAUCUACUAAUGCUCAUGAGAAGAUUUCAUUAUCCAAUAAAUGUGGAAACAUUUGGAUUUGGGAAAAUUUCUCUUUUCACUUUUAUACAGAUUUUUAAAGCUGCUGUGUCCUAUGCAACGAUUCUCUACACUGUUUUUCUGUAAUUUUUUUUUUAAAUAAUUUUAUCUAACCAAAAAAGGAAAUUAAAGCGGAGUUAAUCUCAAGUUAAUUUAAAUAAGAAAUUCUAAAUAGAAUAGUCUUCUAUAUUCAACUGUAUAGAUUUUUCUCAUAAUAAUUUACUGUAAAUCAGUAAAUGGGUUUUCCAAGCUCUUUCAAAACUCUUUUGAACAACUGCAACCCCCACUACAUUUUAAUCAACUUUUAAUUAUUUAUUUUAUACUUUCUUAAAGGAAAGAUACUCAAAAGUCAAAAUUUCGACAAAAGAAAUAAAACAGAGCUGUGAGAGGUAGGUAAUUAAUGUGAAGAUAUUCAGAAUUCCAAAGAAGUAAAUUUUGCUUAAAAUUUCUACCUAAUUAAUUCAAACAGACCCAUGUUUAAAUUAA